AGAUUCCUCUGUGGCCGACUCACUUCCACGUUUACUAGUUUACUUCCGCCAUCGUCUCAUGGGGGUUCCUUUUUCAACCACACACAUUUCCUGUAAACUGGCACGAAGAUCAUGGUAUAGCAUUGAAUCGUUUUGUUUGAGCCUUUGUUGGGCUAUCCUGCCAUAAUCACAAUAUAGCAUGAUUUUUGUGUAGGAUAAAUAUCUGACUUUGAGACUCGACGUCGAUUUACAAGGACUUCACACGGGCCUAAGUUAGGCCUGAGACGCCAUAAAAACAUGGUCGCUACACUAUCAUUUGUUGUACUUAGUUGCCAAGCGCAGUUCGUCAUUUGGUCAUUGUCAUUGGCAAGCAGCGGAAAAGAUCUGAAUCUGCCUGGUCAUAGCAAGAAACUCAUUGGAGAGAACUUUAAAAGAAAUUCAAUAGCGUUUGCUGAAGAGUUUAAAGAAUUUAAAAGAAGAUCGAGAAGAGAAAUUUGCACGUGUCAUGAAAAGGGAACGCUGUACGAUUUAUGCCAUCCACUGCCUGCCCAUAACUACAAAUGCAUUUGUAAAGGAGGUUACAGUGGAGACUUCUGUGAUCAGUGCGACGAUUUCUUUUACGGCUAUCCUAAUUGCAUGCCGUGUACCUGCAACCAUUUUGGUUCAAAAACAAUAAGAUGCCAUCCUGACACUGGGCAAUGUGAUUGCAAGCCGAGAGUUGGGGGACAAAUGUGUGAUCGUUGCUCAAGUGGAUAUUACAGGUUUCCUAUUUGCCAGGAUUGUUAUUGUCCAAGGAAUCAAACAAGUACUAACAUUUGCAAUCGCUUCACUGGCGAAUGUUUCUGUGAGGAAAAUUUCCAGGGAGACAACUGUGAGCAAUGCAACUUGGGAUACUUUGGCUACCCAGAAUGCAAAGCUUGCAGCUGUAACCUAAAUGGUUCCACAUCUGCUGACUGUAAUGUCACCACUGGGCACUGUUUCUGCAAGGAAAACUUCACUGGACUGAAAUGCGACAUUUGUCUUAACCCAGAGAUGACAGGAGAAAACUGUGACGUCAUGCAAGACAGUCUAUAUAAAGAAAAAGAUGUUAAGAAUGAAACAUUAGUUACAGAAGAAAAAAAUGUUAUACCAAUUGUAACGGUUGAUGAAAAGAGUAACAAAGGUGAAAAAGCUAAUAAAGAUGAAGGAAUUAAAAGCGACCAAUUCUGUGAUCAUUCGCUUUCAUGUCAAGAUGGCGGCCAGAAGACAUAUUCAUCAUGUCGUGAUUUAUUUUAUAACGACACAGAAAGCCGAGUAUCAACAUGUGUUGACUGUGGGUGUUUUGCUGAAGGUACAAUCGCUUCUAUUUUGGACUGUGAUAAAAACACUGGGAAAUGCCCGUGUAAAAGUCACGUGCAUGGAAGAACAUGUGACACGUGCAAAGAUGGUUACUUUGAUGCUGGACAUGGAAAUUUCCUUGGAUGCAGGGCUUGUCAAUGUGGAGUGGGCUCAUCGAUUGGUUUGACAUGUGAGAAUUCUGGCAGAUGCGCCUGCAAAAGAAACAUCGAAGGACAUCGAUGCGACAGGGUUCGCAAAGGAAGCUACUUCCUGCCAAGCCCAUAUCAGCUCAAAUACGAAUUUGAAAAUGGAAUAUUGGAUAAUGGAAACCCAGUGGCAUACGAAUACAGUUCUUUUGUCUUCCCGGACUUUUCCUGGAAGGGAUACGUGCCGUUUGGAUAUGGACAGGAAAACGUCACACUGAAAAUUAACGUGGCCAAAACUCAUCGAUACAUGCUUGCUGUGAAGUACAUUUUGGCAGGGACAAAACAAGCGUUUGCCACCGUUGAUAUCCGAAGUCUACAAAGCAAAGUGUUAAGACAAUUCAACAGCACGGUGAAGUUCGAUUCUGACGUGGAAUAUCGGAGUAAAUAUGCUACCUCUCCUGAGUUGAGUGACAUUGAACUGACAGCUGGCGAAUGGGAAAUUCGUGUGUCCUCAAAAUCUAUUUCGCUAUAUUUGGAUCACAUCUCUCUUGUCCAAGAAGAAUACUACAACCCGAAGCAAGUUCUCAGCCCGAUCCCAAACCCAUGCAAUAUCCAAAGCUUGUUGACUGAUGUUUGCAGCAUGUACGAGCACCUGAAUCUCGGCCAGGAAGAUUUUCAUAGUUUUCCUGGAAAUGCAGGCUUUUUGAGAGAGAGAUCAGAUGAAAUCGAGGUUUUGGAUUUCGAGGACCCAGAUAUGCUGAGACUGUUGAAUCUAGACGGAUUAGCAAUGAUAAGUGCCAACCAAGUUGCUGUUUAUUUCAACAUCAGCGUGAAUGCAACUGGGCCAUACAAACUGGUUGUGGAAUACUUCAAUGCAGACCAAAGGGCUUACAGAAUAGAACUUAUUGGCCAGGGAACAAACGGUGAUCAUUGGAUGGCUGCACCCUGCGCUUUCAAAUUCCUUUGCCGAUCUGUCGUUCUUACAAACAGAAACACGCCGUCGUCACUUUAUCUUUCAAUGGACGAAGUCAUCACUGUUUACUUCACUGGGACAGUUGAAGGAAUGAUCGGUAUUCAUCAAAUUGUUGCCAUACCAGAUGAGCUGUAUACAAACGAGUAUAUCGAGCCAAAGUUUAGCUGCAUCGCAAGUAACGGACAAUGCCUUGACUAUCCAAGGCUUCCACUUUUGCAAGGAAGCAUUCCGAUGGUUAGGAGUGACAAUGUGAGUGGACAUGCAUUCACGGCUGUUCUUCCUUCUUCUUCGUGGUUCGUUCUAGUCUUGCAGUAUAAGCAACCCCAGUACACAAAAUUUGGAAUACAGAUUACUCUUAAAAUGGAGAAUGACAUCAUCUUGAGAUACCUCGAGGUUGAUUACUGUCCCAGUAGCACUGGUUGUCGUGUCAAAGAAUCUUUCUAUGGCAGCAAAGGGAAGAUACAGGCGUUCGUUAGAAGACCGAGGAAGCGUGACUUGGUCAUUAGAUCAAUCAGCCUGCAACUGGACAAAGACUUUAAAAAAUUUACCUUAGACCCAACCCAUCUUGAUAUGACGGUGGAGUACCAAAAAUCGUGCCUCGAUAGCAAUUCGCUGCCAUUGACAAAAAACUUACCACUGUUUUGCAAAAAGAUGUUGUUUGCCCUGUCCGCUAGCAUAAACAAUGGUGCUUCCUCGUGUCGCUGCAAAUCACGUGGCUCAAAAGGCUCGAAGUGUGACAAAUUUGGUGGCCAAUGUGAAUGUGGUAGUAAUAUCAUUGGAAGACAGUGCCAGUCUUGUCGGGCAGGGUUCUACAAUUACCCAUAUUGCAGAAAAUGCCGAUGCUUCAUGGUCGGUUCGCAGUCUCCAGAUUGCAACAAGAACGGACAGUGUGUUUGCAAGCCUCGAUAUGCUGGCUCUAAAUGCGGCAGGUGUCAAUCUGCCUUAUUCUACAAUUUCCCUGAAUGCAAACCGUGCAACUGCAACACCUACGGCUCACUCGGACUCUUCUGCCAUUCCCGGACAGGGCAGUGUCAAUGCCUUAGAAAUUUUCGCGGGCGCAAAUGUGACAAGUGCCAAAUAGGCUUCCAUCAGUUUCCCAACUGUAUUAGAUGUUCAUGCUUUGCCGCUGGUGUCAGUACUAGUAUUGAUGGAGGGCAUACAUGUUAUCCAGGACCCAAUGGGCAGUGCACAUGCAAAGAGCAUGUCAUGGGUGAUCUGUGUAAUCAAUGCAAAGAUUUGUUUUAUGGUUUACAAAUGUCAAAACCUCUUGGUUGCUCUCCGUGCAAAUGUCACACGAUUGGCACAUUAAAUGGUGUUGGGAUUUGUGACAAAGAUACAGGGAGGUGUCCUUGUAAGCCUAAUAUCGACCCGGGUUCCAGAACCUGCGAUUCGUGCAAAGAUGGCUACUACGGGUUGAGCAAAAGCAAUCUGCUUGGCUGCACAGCUUGUGAUUGUAACCCUGGAGGGUCACUUAGCAAUAUCUGUGAGAAGAAAUCUGGACAGUGCCGAUGUAGGCCGAAUGUUACUGGAAGAAGAUGCGACAGGUUGCUCGAUGACACAUUUUAUGUGCCGUCAGUUAGGCAUUUGAAGUUCAAAGCAAAACAAGCGAAAACAGCAAAAGGAAAAAGGCUGUUUCCAGAAGUCGGAUCAGAAUUUGUGGCCAUUGCUCAACAUAAGGCCCCAGUUCAGUGGAGAGUCGACAUUGAGGAAGACUCAGACUUCAUUUUCAUAAUGAGCUACCGCAUGAAAAACACGAAAGAGGCUAGAUUGGAUAUCUCCAUUUCCAAUGCAUUCUAUGACUACACAGUGUUCAGCACCUCAACUACUCUCAAGAAAACAUCAUCAAACGACAUAAAUUCUAAUUCUGGUCUUUUUAUACUAAGACAAAACGGCAAGGACUUGCUGUUAAAGCUGUACACUUCAUCGUACAAUGUUCAACUUUUCACAAAUACCACUGAUUUGUAUGUGGAUUAUGUAUCAUUGAUUCCACAAAGCUACUUAAAAGGAGACAAGCUUGUCACAGUUGCUAGAUUGCCCUGCACAGUGUUUGGAAACUCGGAGCCUUGCGUAAAAUAUUCUUAUCUCAGCAUUCCAAGGAGAGAUUUUUAUACGAUAGAGGUCGAAAGCACAGGGAGACAAGAUGCAGAAAUGCUUGAUCGAUCGUUGUAUCCUUCGUUGAAUAUCAAUGGUGCCAUCUUGCUUCGAAAUAACAAGCCUUUCACAUUAUCAUUCAAACAACCGUCAACUGAUUCCUUCUUCAUACUCGUACAAUACUUCAAACCUGAUCCUGUCAAUCUCGACCUUCUCAUUCACAUAAACGGACCGAAUGGAACGCAGGUUGCUAAAGUUCCCCUUGCGUAUUGUCCGUACGAGUUUGCCUGCAGACAUGUCCUUUUGGAAAGCAAUUCAGCCAUUCAGAUUUUCAAGAUGAAGAAGGAUGCAACGUACACAGUUUCUUUCUCAACAUCAGAUAGUGGUUUCGUAGCCUUGGAUCGCGUCGUUCUAAUUCCGCAACGACUUUGGUCCUUUGAGUUCAUCUCGCCAACGCCUUUUUGUGUUGCUGUUGAUCGUAAGUGUACCAGGACGAGCCCAGUUCACACUAAAGGCCAUAUUAAACUGCAUACAAUCCGAUCAAGACAGUACCUCACACCAAGGCAUUUGCCGCCGAAUAUGCUGAACCCACUACUAAGGCCGCUGUAUUUGCAGUCGGAAGAAGACGCUGCUACGAAGCUCAUCCGGUGGAAUGUUCCGCUUGAACGUGGCUAUUUCUUUGCGGUAGUGCAUUACUUCCAGCCGUUUCACCCAUCCACAACCGUUAAAGUUAUCAUGAACACAUUUUACGCAUCAAUCGCCGGUAAAAUCGAACUGAAGUUUUGUCCGCAUGUCGAAGGAUGCCGCGCGGCUGUCACAUCCGAAGACGCGUCCUCAGACCGAUUUGCAGGCCUCUACUUGAGUGGGAGUGUCAUCAGUGCUACCAUAAGAUUUCCUAAGGGAUUUAACGUCUGGAUUAAUUACAUCAUGUUUAUCCACCCAUCACGUGAUUACAGCCAAGAGAGCAUUCUGCACGACAGGCAUCUAAGAUCCUCAGAAACAUACAAGAAAAAUUGCAUAAGAAAUUAUGACAUCAUUCCAGCUGUAAAGAAGUCCUGUUUCAAUUGGCUGUUCCAACUAGUUAUGUCGUACAAUGGUGGUCCGAGUCGGUGCGAAUGCAGCCUUCAGGGUUCAGUAACACCAUCCUGUGAUCUGAUUGGUGGGCAAUGUCAGUGUAAGAAUCAUGUGACUGGACGGACAUGUUCACAGUGUGCCGAGGGGUACUGGUUUUACCCUUUGUGCAGGAAGGCAAUAAAUUUAUAAGGUACUUGAAAUGAUUUUUAUACCAUAAAAAUAAGUAGGUAACUAUGAAAAGAGAAAUUUAAGUGAGAAGUCUAAUAUAAUUUUAUCUUUUUAAGGAAAUUUUGUAUUUAAAGUCAUUUUUACGGUUAUUAAUUUGUAACAGUUGCAAUACUUGUAUGAAACAGAUUGUUAAUAUUUCAAAAUAAAUGGAGAUAAUCAUGCUAAGAAAA